AUGAGCAUCACAAUAAAGGAAAGUUUAGAACAUGUUUGCAACGUUUUAAAUUAUUUUGGUAUAGAAUAUAUAACCCCAGAAAUAUUAAGAAGAGGGAAAAAUAACAAAAAAGUGCAAAGAAGAAAAGUGAUAAUAAAAUACACAUUUUUAAUAAAUGAUUUAUGCCUUUUAUACUUUUUUGAUUUUAAGAGAAAAUUUAAACCUACAUAUAAUGAAUAUAUAAAAAAUGAAAUUUUAAAAGUUGAAAAAUUAUUUAUAAAAAAUAAUAAACAAGCUGAAGAUGAGUUAAAUAAGAGGGAAGACGAUGAAUAUGUUCAUUAUAAUCAUAGUGGUGGUGUUACAUCUAGUUGUGAUCAUGAUGCUAUUAGUUGUGAUGAUGAAGACUAUUUUUUUGAAGAAUUAGGAGAAGAUGUGCACUAUUUUGACGAUUUUUAUUUAAUAUCACCAAUUGUUGUACUUUUAUUAGAAUAUUUUGAAUAUCCAAGAUUAUAUCAAUUGAUUAAAUGUAAUUUUCAAAUGGCAAAGGAAUUAUUAUUAUGCAUUGGGUUUAUGUUUGAUUGUUUUGGUUUGUUUGAGCAUUAUGAUAAGAAACAACCAUUCUAUGAGACAUUCUUUCGAAAAGUAUGCGAUGGGGAUUCUAAUAGUAACAUGCAUAACUUGAACAAGAUGAAAGGCAAAAACGCACUGUCCCAAAAAAAUAUUAAAAAAAAUAAUGAUAAUGAUAACGACUCUGAGGAUGACGAAGAAUACAAAUUUUACCAUGUGAUAAACGAAGCAAUGCUUAUGCUAUCAAACAGGCCACAUGAAUUGGAAAUAUUUGGGUAUAAACAUUUUUACAAUUUUUUGGAAAAAUUAAAAAAAGAAAAAAAAAACAAACAAACAAGCAAAAGCAAUAAUGAUGAAAGAAUGCCCCGUUUGGGAACUACAGCUUAUGAUGAUAAAAAAAUUAAAAAAAAAAAACAUGGUGAUGGUGAUGAAUUAGUGACGUGUGAAAAGAAAAAUGAUUAUAUUAGAGAGCUAUCAAAAGAAGAAAAGGGAAUACAAGGAAAUAACAAAAAUUAUGAGAACAAUAGAAAUACUGAAUCGAAUGUAAAAAGGAAUGCAAUAGAGGUAAAUGAAGAAGAAUACAUCAACCUAAAUAAUACAAAAAAAGAAUUACAAUGUAACCUUUCCAUUUCUGAAUAUGCAGAAUAUGACUAUUCAAAAUAUCAAGAAGAUUUUUUAAAUAACUAUAGCAAUAAUAAUAUGUAUGAUGAUGAUGAUGAUGAAAAUAACUACUUAUAUUUUGAUAACGAUAACCGUAGUAUAUAUAUGAAGGAAUUAUUUAAACAUAUAAAUAAUAAUUGCAAUAAAUUAAUACAAAUACAAAAUAAAAUAUAUUUUAAUACAAAUCAAUUACAAAAUUGUGAUAAGAACAGAUUAAUAUUAUUCCAUAAAUUUCAUACACUCAUAAAUUCAUAUACCGAAAAGCAUAAUAUUGUAGUAAACUUUAAUAGCAACAUAAAUAGUUUAGGGUGUUCCAAAAAUAAUAAGUUUGAUUCUACCCAGAUUAAUAAGCAGAAGAAGAUAGACUUAACGAACAAUCUCUUGUUUACUGUCAUUAUAGAUGCUGAAAGAGAUAAAGAUGAAAUUGAAAUGAAACUAAACAAUUUAAGAAAUGAAACAAAUACAAAUAAUAAUAAUGAUAGAAACAGAGUAAAACCCAAUUCGAUGAGUGUUGGGAAAUCUCCUUCUACUUAUGAAGAAGAAGAAUAUAAUUCAUUUUUUGGCCAUACUGGAGAUAUAAACUAUGAUUUAUUAAAUGAUAAAAUAACAAUAAACGAAUUCAGAGUUUUAAACGAUGUGCAAUUAUAUAAUAAAAUUGUUAAUGUUUAUAAAUAUGGAACUGAUUUUUUUUAUUGUGAACAUUUGAGAGCUGUUUUUUGGUUAUGGCUACAAUCUAUAUUUUCUGAUAAUUUAGAUGAAAACGAAAAUGAUGAGCAAGAAAAUGACGAACAAACACAUAUUGAUCAUAAUCAUGCAGAUUUUUAUGACAUUAACAACAAUCAAUUUUUUUACGAUAAUAUAAUUUCAUCUGAAAAGGAAGACAAUAUGUGCAUCCAUAUUUUGAGCGAUUUGAGCAACUUCGAAAGUAACUACAAACUUCUGAAGGGAUAUAUUCAAGAAAAGGGAUGCACAUCAGGUUACAAUAAAAUAGGAAAUGAGGAUCCAUUAAAAGAUAUUGUAAAAUAUAUAAAUAAUUUGCAUAAAGAAUAUGAAGCUUUUUAUAAUUAUAAAAAAAGAGCUAAAAAUCUGGACGAAGAAAUGUUUGUAGUAUUUUUAGAAGAAAAGAAAAAAAAUAUGAUAAUAAGUACAAAUGUUGAAAAGGAAGAUUAUACACAUUUAGCAAGUAUUGUAAACAAAUAUUUAAUUAAUAUUGACAAAAUUUUAAAAUAUAACCCAAUACUAAAUUUUAGUAAUAUUAUCGAAGGAAUAAAAAAAGAAAACUUUAUUAAGCCCACUAUAGAUAUUAAUAAAAUUGAAAAUGACGAUUGGAAUAACAUUCAUAUGUAUCACAAAAAAAAUAAAACAACACUUAUUAAAAAUGUUAAAAAUGGAGAAGGAAAAGAAGGGGCAACCACCGAAGCUAACAAUGAUAAAAGAAAUACAUACAUAAUUGAUUUAGCCUCAAAUUCUAGUUACAAAAUUAUGACUAAACCUAUAACCUAUGCUUCAACAAUUUUUAAUUAUUCGGACCAAUUAAUAUCGAGUAAUGAUAUUUAUACAUUUUCGGACAACAUUUAUAAAAUUACGGAAAACAUUGAUCAAAUUGCAGAAAUGAAGCAACAUAAAUGCAUCCAUAAUUUUUAUCAUGCUCUUAGAAAAGUGGAAAAAUAUAUGAACUGCGUAGCGUAUAACUUAUAA